GUGAGCUGCACUUCCUCCAGCGCACGAGCGCGGCACAGGCGCAGAGGAGUGAGGGAGAGAGAGGAACAGGCGCAGAGGAGUGAGGGAGAGAGACGCCUCUGUUUUGAAGAGAGAGACUGUGUGUGAGCAAUCACCAUGGCUCCCUUCCUGAGGAUCACCUUUAAUGCCUAUGAAUUUGGUGUCCUGUCUCCAGUGACUGAAGCGCCAUUCUGUGCGGUCAAGCUGAAGGAGUCGCUCAACACGGACCGAGGGAAGACUCUGAUUCAAAGGAAGCCUACAAUGUAUCCUGCUUGGCGCGCCAGUUUCGAUGCACAUAUUUAUGAAGGACGUGUCCUCCAGGUUCUGCUUAUGCGCACUGCUGAUGAGCCAUUAGCAGAAGUCACACUUGGUGUAUCUGUUCUAGCAGAGCGGUGCAAGAAAGCCAAUGGCCGUUCAGAGUUUUGGGUUGAUCUGCAACCUUCAGGAAAAGUGAUGAUGUCUGUUCAGUAUUUCCUGGAAGAUAUGGACACAGAGUCUUGUCAGUCGGCAAGGACAGAGGAAGAAGCUCCAACUAUAAAUCGCCGUCGUGGAGCCAUUAAACAGGCCAAAAUUCACUUCAUCAAAAACCACGAGUUCAUCGCCACCUUCUUUAGACAACCCACUUUUUGCUCUGUGUGCAGAGAUUUCGUUUGGGGGUUGAACAAGCAAGGAUACAAGUGUAGGCAAUGCAAUGCAGCUAUUCAUAAGAAGUGUAUUGAUAAAAUCAUUGGCAGAUGCACUGGUACAGCGGCCAACAGUCGUGAUACUAUGUUUCAGAAGGAGCGCUUUAAAAUUGACAUGCCACACCGCUUUAAGACCUACAACUACAUGAGCCCCACCUUUUGUGACCACUGUGGGAGUCUGCUGUGGGGUCUCGUCAAACAGGGGCUGAAGUGUGAGGACUGUGCUAUGAAUGUACAUCAUAAGUGCCAGACUAAAGUUGCCAACCUUUGUGGAAUCAACCAGAAACUAUUGGCAGAGGCUCUCACUCAAGUUGGUCAGAAGUCCACGAAGAAGUCUGAAUCAAACACACAGGAUACUGGCAGUUACCCGGACUUCAACAAAAGCCCAGGACCUGAAGUUACUGAUGGUCCUCUAUAUGGUCAUCUCUGGGAAGGUUCAAGUCCCCACCCUCCAUCUCGGAUCACGCACCAAACGCGCAUCACAGCCGAGCAGUUCACCUUUCAUAAAGUCCUGGGCAAGGGAAGCUUUGGCAAGGUGUUUUUGGCCGAGUUAAAGAACAGCGGGGAAUGGUUUGCAGUGAAAGCCUUAAAGAAAGACGUGGUGUUGAUAGAUGAUGAUGUAGAAUGCACUAUGGUGGAAAAGCGGGUGCUGGCUCUGGCCUGGGAUAAUCCGUUCCUUACACACCUCUACUCCACUUUUCAGACCAAGGAGCACCUGUUCUUUGUGAUGGAGUAUCUGAAUGGAGGAGACCUGAUGUUUCAUAUUCAGGAAAAGGGACGUUUCGACCUCUACAGAGCCACAUUCUAUGCAGCAGAAAUUGUAUGUGGACUACAGUUCCUGCAUGGUAAAGGCAUCGUAUACAGGGAUCUGAAGUUGGAUAAUGUAAUGCUAGAUGGAGAGGGUCAUAUAAAGAUUGCUGAUUUUGGCAUGUGUAAGGAGAACGUCUUUGGAGACAACUUUGCCACAACAUUCUGUGGAACCCCAGAUUACAUUGCCCCAGAGAUCUUAUUAGGUCAGCAGUAUUCAUUCUCUGUGGACUGGUGGUCAUUUGGUGUCCUGGUGUACGAGAUGCUGAUUGGUCAGUCCCCAUUCCAUGGCGAUGAUGAGGAUGAACUGUUUGAGUCAAUCCGUAUGGAUACGCCUCACUACCCCCGCUGGAUCACAGUGGAAACCAGAGACAUGCUAGAGCGGUUGUUUGAGCGUGACCCUUCUCAUCGUUUGGGUAUUGUCGGCAAUAUACGAGCUCAUCCGUUCUUCAAGACCGUGACCUGGUCUGCUUUAGAGAAGAGAGAAAUUGAACCCCCUUUCCGGCCACAAGUGAAAGCUCCCAAUGACUGCAGUAACUUUGACCGAGAGUUUUUAAGUGAGAAGCCCCGCCUUUCUCACUGUGAGAAAGGUUUGAUUGACUCAAUGGACCAGAGCGCCUUUGCUGGCUUCUCGUUCAUUAAUCCAAGAAUGGAGCACCUCCUCCAGAAGUGAAGAACGACACACACCUCCACCACUUAGCAUGGGAGGAAAAGCCACCAGAACUGCUUUAUCCUGGUCAGAAUCAUGGAAAAUCCAGAGCCAAUCUGCUGCCAACGCUCUCAACGCUGUCGGUUUCCCUGCCAAGCAAGAGAUUUCACUCCAGAUGGCACACCAGUUCAUCACAGGGCACCAUGCAUACACACAUUCACGCCUAGGGGUAAUUAGCACUACUAAUCCACCUGCUUGCGUGUUUUUUGGGGGGUGGGGGGAAACCAACAUGAACACAGGCAGAACAUGUGAAACUCAACACUGACAGUAACUUGAGCUCUGGGACCCUGAAGCUGUGAGGCAGCAAUGCUGCCCACUGCGCCACCAUGCCCGCCUUAUAAUUUCUUUAUACAAAAAGAAAAUGUUUUAAAGCAUGUUGGUUACUGAUAAAAUAGAGCUUUAAACACACACACAGAGUACUUUACAAAAGUCUUUGGCACCCCAUUUUUUUCCAUACAAACUUUGUUAUAGAUUUCUAUUUUAUGACUUCUACAUUAUCAAGUCAGUACAAAAACAUUUUAGAGUUCCAAAUGUCCGUUUUCCAGCACAAAAAUAAAUGUUACCCCCAAAAAAGUUUGUAUCUGAGCAGCAUAUUACAUAAGAUACCACUUUUCAGAUUAAAAAAGAAAAUAAAUAAUGGAGGCUACUGGGUUUUGCUGCAAAAUUAAGAAGCAAGUGUGACAGUGUCUGGAAGAACUGUGGCUGGUUCUGCAACAUGCUCAGUAAAGCCUACAGCUCAUUUCCUUAUAAAACUGCACUCAUUGCACCUGAGAUGACUUUUUUUUUUUAAAGCAAAGGAUCGUCUCUCACCAAAUAUUGACUUUGUUUCAUUUAUUAUGGCCUACUGCUGUUUAUAGUAUUUUUUAAAUGUUAAAACAUUUCAUCUCAUUUUUGAAACCAUUUUCAGUCUACAGCAGAGGUGGACAGUAACGGAGUAGAUUUACUUGAGUACUGUACUUAAGUACACUUUUUGAGUAUCUGUAGGUGAUACUUGGUGUGUUUUUUUGGGGCAACUUAUGACUAACUUCACUACAUUUGAACAACAAAUAUU